UUAAGUUGUGUUGGUGUGUGGUUUUUAUAUCGAUCGCUUUGUUAAAGCAGCUGGAGUGUAGUCGAGAACUUGAAAAUCAUGGCCAGUUCUUAUUGGGGUCUUGAAGUUAAGGUUGAUGAGAAAGUAGAGUACCGGGUUCCAGAUUGCUCCGUGUUUGUCCUCUCGCAGGCGGCGUUGGGAGGGGAGGUGGGAGAUGGGGAGGGUGUUGUUCUUAGCUGUCGACUUGAAGACCGCCCAGCUCUUGUCUUGGGCACUCUGCGCAAGGACUGUUCUGAACAGGUUGGAUUCGCAGGAUUAGUGUUCGGCAGAAUGCAGUCUGUACAGUUUUGGCACAACGGGAGCUGCUCUGUUUGUCUGUCGGGGUAUAUUCAAGAUGUGAGAGAUUUUAUGGUGAAAGAGGGAGAGGAGGAGAGUAGUGAGGAAGAGGAGGAGGAAGAGGUUGAGGAAGAGGCUCGGGGAAAGGAGACGACUGAGGGCAAUCCUCAAGCAACAGGACAAGAGGUAGCAACGACAGUCAGUACCCGCCAUCACCCUGAGAGACAAGUGUUGGGCGGUGUGUUGGGAAUCCACAUGUUCGCUGCGACCAGAGGGGAUGUGGAAGACUUCGAUUAUGAUGAUGAUGAUGACGAGUCUGGGGGUAGUGAUGAUGAUGAUGAUGAUGAUGAUGAUGAUGAUGUAGAUGAGGUUGAUGCCGCCUCACGUAUGUUCAUUUUUGACGAAGCAGAGGAAGGGUCGGAGACGGAGGAAGAAGAGAGUAGUGAAGAGGAGGUGGACGUUCGUCGUCGUUGUGUUGGCGUGGGGGAAGAGUCGGAGGACGAUGAUUUGGAGGGGUUUGUUGUGGCCGAUGAUGAGGAAGAAGGUGAUGAGGCGGAAGAGGAAGAGGAAGGAGAGUGGAUAGGAAGCGAUGAUGAGGAUGAGGAUUUACAUGUUAAUGAUGAUGACGAUGAGGAGGAAGAGGAGGAGGAGGAGGAGGAUUGUGAAGAGGAGUGUGGUUGGAGCGAAGAUGAUUAUGGCGAUGUCGAUGGGCUGUCUUACUCGGAGAAGGGAUGGAUGCUGAGGCGGCAAAGACGGCGAGCACGUCCGUCGGUCAAAAGUGUUCUCUUCGAUGAUGAAGCUGAAGAGAGUUAUGGGUUUCAUGAGGAGGAUUCGGAGGAUGAUGAUGAAGUCCUUGGAGGUGGUGAGAACGGGAGUCUGGGUCGUUGGGAGAAGGGAGGGAGCGAGUCUGACGAGGAGGAGGAAGAAGAGGAGAUGUUCAUGUCGCAACCCGCUUCCAAUUGCCGCCCGUCUUCGGGCAGAAGAAGAGGACCCAGCGGAUCCCGGCGGAGACGUACUCGAUUAAUUAUGGAGUUGUUACGGGAUGAUCCCGACCCCGACAACGUACAGGUUGGGGGUGUUGUAAAUGCUGCUGCCGCUCAUGUGGACAUCCGCCUGAGAGAGCAGCGUGAGGAUGGUGGAGGCGGUUCUGUGAAGGAGAACGGAAGGUCGGUGCGUAAGUGUAGACGGCGAAUGGUUAUUACGGACGACGGAGAUACCGAUGAAGAAGAAGAAGACGAAGAAGAAGAAGAAGAAGAAGAAGAAGAAGAAGAAGAAGAAGAAGAAGAGCAUCGGGAUCCCAAGGGGGAAAGGUCAGCGGAUGGGCGCCAUGAGCAACAGGAAGGGGGUACGUUAAGGUGGAAAAUCGCCCAGUGGAGAGAGGAUGGAGCGAACGACUCGAGAGGGGGUGAGGAGGGGUUGCGCGGUGAUCGAGAAACAGUGGAGGAAGGGAGGAGAAAGCGGAUGUUAGCAUCGGCUCGGCGGCGUAUGGUAGUUGUAUCGAGUGAAGAGGAUGACGAUGAGGAUGAUGAUGAUGAUGAUGAUGAUGAUGAUGGGGAAGAUGUCGAAGAGGCUGGGAAAGGAAGGGGAUAUAAAGAGGGAGCAGAGGGCAAUGGUGAUGCCGAUGUUGAUGGAGGCGGCGAAGGAGAGCACGACGGCAUGAAGAGACAUCAGGAGAACGGCGGUCAUCAAGGACGAGGAAAAGCAAUUGCUGCCAUCUCCUGCGCUAAUGGACCCAUCAGUCCUCUCCCCGGUAAUGAGAAUUUGACGACGGAAGGGAAAAAAAAGUCCUCGGUGUCGAAAGAGUGUAGUAAGAAGAAAAGGAGGAGGGAGGAUGGAGAGAUUGCGUCGGCCAUGAAAAGGAGAAGAGAAGAGGAGAAGGUGGUGGUGGGUAUGGAAGUGGAGGGGGGGGGCGAGGAUAGGUCUCCGCCCAACGGCGGAAGUGGAAAGAAGCGUCGACCUGUCAAUGCUUCUACCAGCUCUCGAUUUACUGGUGAUGUCAACGGAUAUGGCGAGUGGAAUCGGAUGGAAGAAGCGCCGCUUCGUGAGCAGAUGGAGGUUGCGGGUAACGGAGCUCGCGAUUUACUGGUGACGUCAACGGAUAUGGCGAGUAGUAAUGAUGCACAGCGGCGUUGUGAGAGAGAGGGAGAGGACGCGGCGGUGGUGGGCACAAAUGGAAAGGGGGCGGAAGACGCGGCGGCGGAAGAGGGUAUUGUCGGUGACGAGCGGAAGGGGACUGGGACACAAACGAAGAAGAAGAAGAGGAAGAGGAAGAAGAAGAGUAAAGAGGAGAGGAAAACGGAGGGCGAGUGCGAGAUGGAGAUUGGCAAGGAGGAGAUUGACGAGCAUAAGCACAAGCGAUUGGAAGUAAAACGGGGCGAUACGGGAAAGAAGCAGCGGCAUGGGACGAUAGAGGAGGAGGAAGAUGAUAGGGAGGAAAUGGAGGAGGAUAAGGGAGUGGAGAAGACCGAAGAGAAGAAGAAACGAACAAAGGAGACGAAGAAGAAGAAGAAGAAGAAGAAGAAGAAGAAGAAACGACCGGACGAGGAGGAGGAGGAGGAGGAGGAGAAGCGAGAAGAGAGAAAGGAGAAAAAACAGUUGAAGAAGAAGAAGAAGAAGAAGAAGAGGAAAGACAAGGAGGAGGAGGCAGGAGAGGAGGGAGAGGUAAUGGCAGUAGAGAGCCGUGUGCAUCCGAAUGUUGUGGCUCUCUGUCGGACGAUUGAACACGAGGAAAAGGGCGAUCAAGCAAAUCGCAUGGAGGACAAAUGGCGGAGUGUUGGGGGAGGGGAGGAGGUGGAUGACUCGGUGAGAGAGAAAGCAGAAAAGAGGAAGAAGAAGCAGAAAGAUAAGAAGAGGUGCCGAGAUGACGUGGGAGAGUUUAUUAAGGGUAAGAAGCCGGGGUCGGGGGAGAAGAGGAGGGAUUCUCCUUUGGCUGGUAGAUCGAGACCGGCGGAAGAGAAUGCUUUGAAGAAGCGAACCCCGAUGAUAGGAGCAGCAGCAGGAAGUACACUAGGAGGAGGAGGAGGAGGAGGAGGAGGAGGAGGAGGAGGAGGAUGUGGAGGGGGACGUUGUAGAUCAGACGCCAAGCUAGGACAAGAAGAGUGGAGAAAGCUAGCGGGGGCGGGAAUGAGGGGGGGCCAAUCAGCAACCGUAGGCUCGCGCUUGCAAGAAAAAGCGAGAUAGAUAGGACUCGUUUGUCGUUUCCUGUGGAGCCAGAUAGGAAUCAUUUGUCGUGUUCUCUGUUCGAGGGAGGGUGUGUAGAAAACGUGGGUGGCAGAAGUGUGGAAGAGAGUAUGGGAUAAAAGCCGAGGAGACGUGAGAGGGCUAGAUGGGCGGUCGUUGGCUCGCGAGACCCCGCCCCGCUCGAAAGGUUUGAACGACCGGUAGCUAGGCAGAGAAGGAAGGCUGUGAACACACACACACACAUACACUCACACACAAUAUAACAACACACACGAACAGAGAGAGAGAGAGAGAGAGAGAGAGAGAGAGAGAGAGAGAGAGAGAGAGGGAGGGAUUCAUUGGAGAAGACACUGUAAAUCGGUUCUUAGGAAGUGGCCAUGGGAUUGUGGCUGACUGAUGUGUUGCUGGGACGUUAAUGAUAGCGACAGGGUGUGGGCUGAGGAGCAGGGAGAGCGGGGAGCAGUGGAGGUGGGGAGACGGAAGAGGGGGGGGGAGCAGCAGCCGGGCCGAAUUUUUGCGC